GGACAUCCAUCCUGGUACCACUCAGCAUUCGUUAUAUACGACCUCUCUUCCCACUGAUAUUGUCAGCGGUGGCGUCCGUUACUUUCCUCUCAUUCAACCGCUAGAUAUGGCCUCAUCAUCCUCAUCGUCACCUGAAAUCACCUCCGCCCCACCUGCAUCGGGACCCUCACAGCAUGUCGUACAGUAUUCUCACCUCACACAAGAAGAAGUACUGGAAGAACUAUCAAGUCGGUUCAUCCUAAAUUUACCCGACGAGGAGCUCGCGUCCCUCGAGCGAGUAUGCUUCCAGGUGGAACAAGCACACUGGUACUACGAGGAUUUCAUUCGAGAGCAGAAUCCGUCGAAGUUUCCUUCGUACACACUUAAGACGUUCUCCGAGGCAUUAUUUCGAACUUGCCCACCUCUACAGCAUUGGGCUCAUGACCACGAACGAGCAUAUGCAAAGUUCAUGCAGUACAAGACGAGGGUGCCAGUGUGCGGAGCAAUCAUGCUGAAUGAUACAUGGGAAAAGUGUGUUCUUGUGAAAGGAUGGAAGUCAUCGGCUGGAUGGGGCUUUCCCAAAGGCAAGAUUAAUGAGCAGGAACCGCGACCUCGUUGCGCUGCACGAGAGGUUCUCGAAGAGACUGGCUACGAUCUGGAGGAUCAAAUCGUUCCCGAAGAUGUUAUUGAACUAUCCAUCAAAGAGCAAUCUAUAUCCCUGUACAUCGUCCAUGGCAUUCCGGAAGAUUACCCGUUUAAAACCAGGACCCGCAAGGAGAUUAGCAAAAUCGCGUGGUUUAAAUUAUCGGACCUGCCCACUUGGAAGCGUAGCAAAGCUGUGCCGGGGAAGUUCUACCUAAUUUCUCCAUUCAUCGGGCCUAAAUUUUUCCUCAGCCCAUUGAAACAGUUCAUUCAUGACCGCAAACCCCGCAAUCUACCGCGUCGCCUUCGUAAUUCGCAGAGUGUCCGAUUUGCUCAGGAUGUGCAUGCCCCUGGCGAAGAGGAUGCCGACCACACUCAAGCUAGCCCGACAGCCAGCAACGACCACAGCGCGCAGGAAUCGAGCUCUCAAUCGUCGUCCGCAGACAACAGGGAACCGGAGACGCCGUCGCCGCAAUACAGUGCUCCUCAAGUCAAUUUGCAACCUCACGAAGCUACUCCUGGCGUUGACGGGACUCUGCAGAUUAUGGAAGGCGUGGAUCCACAUUUCGCUCGCCUGUUAAACUCCUUGUCUUUGUCAGCAUCCGCUUCGUCCACCAAUGGCAGUGCCAAGUCUAUGCCUUCAGCAUCGUCGAAAUCAUUGUCGCCUACCAGUUCUGGAGCACAUAUUGCUACUUCAGAUUGGUCUGCUCGUAUGCCCAACGCGUUAAUGGACCGUUCACUUGCAACAUCUGUACAAUCAGAUUCCAGCACUCAACAUCCUUCCUCCCCUACUGCGACUCGGACAGUCACGCCCGCACUAUCCGCUCCCCUUCCCAGAGGUCCCAUUGCGGAGGCUUCGCGUGGCGCCGCCCUACCUACUUCGUCACCUCCUCUCGCUCACUAUUCUCCGUCGUCACGAUGUGCCACUUCCAUGGGGAUAAAGCAGUCACCGCAGCAGGCGCGUGCUCGUCAUGCUUCCAGGAUCUCAGCAGACAUAUCACCCUACUUGUCGCGCCCAGCGGAGAUCCCGAAGCAGAUGAAAUACAUUUCGAUGCUGGAGAAUGUGGUGAAGGAAUCUGAUAGGCUUUCUUCUCAGUUCCAACAACAGGCUUCUACACUGGGGCAUGCCCCUCAGACCCUUGCUGCUGACAGAAUCCCCAUGGCUCCCGCGUCCUCGGCACCGCCGUCCGUGAUGUUCGCCCGCUCCAAUACCCCUGUAAUCUAUUCUUCUGGGCCGGCCGCUAAUCGUCUCCCUCCAUCAAUCCCUCCCUCCGCGCGGCAAAUGCUUCCGUUUGACUCGUCUUAUGAUGACCCAUUCGUAGUCCGACCUCGCACUGCGUUCCACCCGCCUUCAUUUCCACCGCCCCUCCGCAAGCCGAGCCUCAACGAGGAGAAUCGACAUUAUAUGGGCGCUGGGGUAGAUACUCGCGGUCCGCUCCCCCUGCCUAGCACAGGGAGUUUCGCUCCCCAAGUACCAUUUCCCUCUUCGGGCCCCGCGCAAGCAGCGCUGCCCCCCAUGGCUAUGCGCAACGAGUCAGGCCUCCCGCCUAUCCGCCCAAUGCCUCCACAACAGUUCCCGUUUACUCAGUACGGGGAGCCGGUCCCUACUCCCACACCUGGAUUUCCGUCUUCUAUGACUGCGGCGCGGUCUGCGAACAAUGCUCACCUGCUGUCCAUUUUGAACACUCCUAGCGUUGCAGCCCGCUCCACUCCCGUGCCAUCCGGCCUCAUGAACGGCGUUGGCUCGCGAUGA